UACAAAAGGUUUUGUAAGAGGGGAAUUAAGUUAGGAGUUCAGCCACAGCAAAGCAAACCCAGCGACGUACAGGAAAGGAAAAAAAAAAAUAAAAAGUCUGUAAUGUAACAGACUUUUUUCAUCAGAGAAAGCAGCAUUUAAUCAAAAACUAGAGGUUGUUCAAGUUUCACAACACUAAAUCAUGCUGGGAAAGAAGUUGGUGACUGCACAAAAACGAGGGGAGACAAGAGCCCUCUGCCUGGGACUGGGAAUGGUUGCAUGCUCCAUGAUGAUGUACUUUUUUAUUGGGAUCACCAUUGUACCAUUUUACACUAAGAGUGUUUGGACAACAGAAACUGUGUGCAAGGUACUCAAAGCCAACAUCAAGGACAAAGUUUUCUGCCCAAAUAGCAAAGGCUCAGAGGAUGAGGAAAUCUUUCCUUAUCCCUGUCUACAGGUGUGGGUUAAUCUGACGGCCUCAGGACAGGAAGUGAUGCUCUACCAGACUGAAGAUACAUUGGAAAGAAAUCCUAAGUGCUCAUAUGUCCCAGAGAAGUUGGAGAACUCUAAAGAAGUUAAAGCACGAAUAGAAACAAUUGCAAGCAAUUUCAAAAAAUACCAGACUUUCCCGUGUUACUAUGACCCAGGAGGAACACAGACCAACGCUAUUUUAAGCAGACUUUAUCCUGCAAAAGGUCUCCUCUUUGCUUUCCUCUGGCCUACACUCAUGUUUACUGGUGGAUGUCUGAUUAUUGUUCUGGUAAAAAUUAGUCAGUAUGUUUCUGUUCUUUCUGCUUGGCAGUAAAAAAUACAUAUUUAGCAUAGAUUGUUGAGAUUGUUGGAAGAUAUUAAGACACAUUUGUUCUGCCUCUCUUAUUGGCAUUUUGUUACUCUUAAUAUACCAGAUGUUGAUUCAAGAGCAGGCAUUGCAAAAAAUUGAACAGCAACCUCUGUGGAUGGCAAUCCAUUACAAAAGGACAAAAUAUAAAACUGAUUCCCAGGAAUGCCUGAAAAUACCUCAUAAGCACACAGACUUAGUAAGUCUAUUGUUUCCUUGGGCUUUAGGAGGUAGAGCUGCUUUACAAAGCUACAAUUCACUUUUACUACUAAACUCUUCUUCCAUGUUUCAGAUGGGGUGCUAAUUUUCUGUCUGGUUGAAAUCACUUGGUGCCACAUCCAUAUACAUCAUCACUGGCAGACACACUCUUUAUACCCUUAUACACCAAUACGGUAUGUUCUCAAGGCAUACUCAUC